GCCGGCUCAUAAAACACACACUCUUCUCUCUUUAUUUAACUUUUUCAGUUUUAUUUUUUUCUUUUUAAUUUUUCUCUCUCUCUCUACAUUUACUUUCUCUCUCUAUCCUCUUCUGUGUUACUGUUUGUUUUGUAGGAUUCCCACCUAUUUUCCCAAGACAAGCACUAAAGAGAGGAGGAGUGAGAAAGAUUGGGAAAAUAGGCGCAGAUAGAGAUAGAGAACGAGAGUCUCAGAGAGGAAUCUGGAGAGAGAAAACGCCGGAAAUGCUGCAGGGGCUGCAGAAUCCGGCGAGUUCAUAUCUAGAGUGAAGGGAAGGAGAGGGAGGUUGAGAGGCCACAGGAAAAUGCGAGAAACACUAUUCUGUGACGAAAACGACGCUGUUUGCAGCACCAAGAAGAAGAAAUCGGAGGAGGAGAAGGUAGAUAGAGAGACGGAAGUGGUGUUGGUUCCGCCGCCGGCCAUCGUUGUCGGCAGGAGCCGAUCCCAGGCCGGAACGAGGAGAGUGACGCCGACCACCACUACAGGAGAGGCCACCACAAGCGCCACUGAAGUGGUGGAGAAAGUUCUCCAGAACGGCGAUCUCUACACUGGGAGCUUCGCUGGAAACGUCCCUCACGGAUCGGGGAAGUACUUGUGGACCGACGGGUGCAUGUACGAGGGCGAGUGGAAGAGGGGAAAGGCCUCUGGAAAAGGCAAGUUCUCGUGGCCAUCGGGAGCCACCUUCGAAGGCGAAUUCAAGUCUGGUCGUAUGGAAGGGAUCGGCACCUUUAUCGGAUCCGACGGCGAUACGUACCGUGGAUCCUGGAGUGCGGAUCGCAAGCACGGGUACGGGCAGAAAAGCUACGCCAACGGGGAUUUCUACGAAGGGUCGUGGAGAAGGAACUUCCAAGAAGGGCAUGGCCGCUACGUGUGGAGGAACGGGAAUGAGUACAUCGGGGAAUGGAAGAACGGAGUGAUCUCAGGAAGAGGGGUCCUGAUUUGGGCCAACGGAAACCGCUACGACGGGCAAUGGGAAAACGGGGUUCCAAAAGGAAACGGGGUGUUUACGUGGCCUGAUGGGAGCUGCUAUGUAGGUAGUUGGAGCAAGGACAUGAAACAGCAGCGCCUCAAUGGCACCUUCUAUCCUGGAAUAGGGAAAGAGCAAAAUGUGAGUCAAAAAAUAAGCUUAAUGGACCAAAAUUUGAUGGUGGCCACUCGAAAAAGGUCGUCGGUGGACGGGGCUAGGGGGAGCUUGGCGGAGAAGAGUUUUCCAAGGAUUUGUAUAUGGGAAUCUGAUGGGGAGGCUGGGGAUAUUACUUGUGAUAUAAUCGAUAAUGUGGAGGCAUCCAUGUUUUACCGGGACGGAACGGGCUUGGAUUGUGAUGGGAUUAGGCAGUUUAGGCGGAGUCCUUGUUGUUUUAGCGGAGAGAUUAAGAAACCGGGGCAGACAAUAUCCAAAGGCCAUAAGAAUUACGAUUUGAUGCUUAAUCUGCAACUGGGUAUCAGGUAUUCUGUUGGAAAGCAUAUUUCGAUCUUGCGUGAUCUUAAGCCAACUGAUUUUGAUCCCAGAGAGAAGUUUUGGACUAGGUUUCCAACUGAAGGUUCUAAGCUUACUCCACCCCAUCAGUCGGUAGAGUUCAGGUGGAAAGAUUAUUGUCCGAUGGUGUUCAGGCAUUUGAGGGAGCUGUUCCAAGUGGAUACUGCUGAUUAUAUGCUAGCUAUAUGUGGAAAUGAUGCUCUUAGGGAGCUUUCUUCCCCGGGGAAGAGUGGAAGCUUCUUUUACCUCACCCAGGACGAUAGAUUUAUGAUAAAGACUGUAAAGAAAUCAGAAGUCAAGGUGCUUAUUAGGAUGCUUCCAAGUUACUACCAACAUGUCUGUCGCUAUGAAAAUUCCCUUGUGACAAAAUUCUUUGGAGUGCAUUGUGUUAAACCGGUGGGCGGGCAAAAGACUCGUUUCAUUGUGAUGGGCAAUUUGUUUUGCUCGGAGUACCGAAUCCAUAGACGAUUUGAUCUCAAAGGUUCGUCCCAUGGCCGCACAACAGACAAGUCUGAAGGUGAGAUUGAUGAAACUACCACCCUUAAGGAUCUUGACCUCAAUUUCGUGUUUCGUCUCCAACGGAAUUGGUUCCAGGAACUUAUGACACAAAUUGAUCGAGAUUGUGAAUUCUUGGAAGCUGAAAGAAUAAUGGAUUACAGUCUUUUAGUUGGUCUUCAUUUCCGUGAUGACAACACAUGUGACAAAAUGGGGUUAUCGCCAUUUUUCUUGCGCUCUGGUAAAAGAGACUCGUAUCAAAAUGAAAAGUUCAUGCGGGGCUGUCGCUUCCUGCAGGCAGAGCUACAGGACAUGGAUCGGAUUCUUGCUGGCCGGAAACCAUUGAUCAGGCUAGGAGCUAACAUGCCUGCACGAGCAGAACGAAUGGCCAGAAGGAGUGAUUUUGAUCAAUACACCCCAGGCGGAGGUAGCAGCUUGACCCCUUCUCGCAGUGGAGAAGUCUAUGAAGUAGUGCUUUAUUUUGGGAUCAUUGAUAUUUUACAAGACUAUGAUAUAAGCAAGAAGCUAGAGCAUGCCUACAAAUCCUUGCAAGCUGACCCUUCCUCAAUCUCAGCUGUUGAUCCAAAACUCUACUCAAAAAGGUUCCGAGAUUUCACAAGGAGGAUCUUUAUAGAAGAUAGGUAAAUGUGAAACAAGGAGGCGUCAAAAAUUGAAAUUCAGAGCUUGGAAUUGAGAGAUAUUUGCCAAUUGAAUCUGGGGUCCCACUCCUCGGGGGCAAACUGUUGGGGGACUUGUGCAGCUCCCAGCAAGCAGAAACAAACGGUUUGUGGGCUCAGCAUGACCUAUCGAUCGAGGCAUCUGAAAACAAGGUUGACUAAAGCAUGGAUUAAUUUAAUGAUUGGAUUUAGAGCAAUUGCAGAAGAGAUGGCUGAAUUUUGAGGAUCAGCCAUGGUGUUGUGGAGUGGGAGAAGUACUUGUACAUUCAAGGGGGAAGGGAAAAUUGGAUUCUGUUUUCCUUUUUCUUUUUUGUUGUUUUUUUUUCUCUGAAAUUUUUGUGGUAACCAAGAAUGUGAAGAUUGAAAGAUAGGUAUAGGGAACGGAGAAAAUGUUCCCCCGAGAGAAGAUUCAAAAAAAAAAAAAAAAAAGGGAAUGGGGAGGAAGGCACUGGAAUAAUAAGUGUACAGCUUAUAGAAAGGGAUAUGGACAAAUUUUAUGGAAUUUCAUGAUAUUUUGUUAAUGUUGUGGGGAUUUCAAGGAAUGGAAAAUGUUUUAUUGUUAAGGGAGAGAGGACCCCAUUGGGAUCUCUCCCCCCCCUUCUCUCUC